AUGCCUAUUUGGCAGCUCAUUCUGGUUUUCCUUCAUAGGAAAAACUAUUGUGCAAUGGUUUCGAUUUCUGAUGGAGACGAGAAGUCUGUAGAUGGCCUUCUCGUACCUUUCUCGAUGAACUAUGCAUUACUGCAUGUCGACAGGAAUGGCACUGGUUUAGAACAGGUGGUUGCGAAGAGUCCUGAAACAUUGGAUAGUUCCAUGCCCGAUCCACCAAAGGAGCUUAGUGUGAGGAAGAAGAGAAUCAGGCUGGUCAGUAAGCUACUUGUGGCAGCCAGUUGGAGCACCUUCUGUGAUGUGCUCCUCAAACAUGCUGAUGGCAGCAUGCCAGUGGUGGAGUUGGAAGACCUGUAUUUCAGCAGGUAUGGCACUGCAUCCAAAAAGUUGCGGUUUCUGAAAUGUUGGCUGAAACAAGUGAAAUUGUCAUCUCUUGGUACUUCAUCAAGCCUUCAUAUAGGCGAGACACGUCCUUCCUCAAAGGAUGAAGGAGAAGCAAAACUUCAUGUCUCAGAGGAGGAUGGGGCUCCUCAUGUCAACUGUUCGGUGGAUGAAGCAGAUUGUAACAAAAUUGGCAAACCAGUGGAUGAAGCAGAUUGCAACAAAGUGGAGCAACAAGUGGACGAGGAGACUUCAGCAUUCUCUUCAAUGGAAGAUUUAGAAGCAUUUCUUGGGAGUAUCCCUCAGAAGAUUGAGCAAGGUCUUUGUUCUGAAGAUGCUGAUUUGGGAAAUCUAGCUGAACGCUUGGUUGGCUUGUCUGUUGAUGCGCUGAUGAUUAAGAAUGGAAAGAUUACAGUGAGAUAUUUUGAACAUAGGGAAGUAGAUGAUGCUUCUGAUGCGAAAAUUAUCUCCGAAGCUUCCAUUAUUCUGUUGAGGAAACCCAAAGAGCUUCUGUUGAAGUACAAAGACAACAAUUCAGCAUCUGCUGGAUCAGAACAAACCUCAAAAUACAACGCAAAUUACAAAAUCCGAGAGCAUGAACUGCAGAUAUUACUUAGGUUGGAAAUAAUCAGAUCCAAACUUGGCCCAGACUUUGAGGAAGGUUCAAAACAGAAGAUGAUAAAAGAGAUCUGUUCUCUUUUGCAGUUUAUUGAUAUAAACCUCCAAGGGGAUUCAUUUCAGUCUGACAGUAUUGUUAAGUUUGCUGAGAAGACCAUCAAGUCCAGGUACAUGGACUCUAUGGAGGAUGUGAUCAAGAAGAUAUACACGGAGAUGGAGUUUGAUCUGUUCGACGAAGAUGACUUGCCAUGUUCAGACUCUCUACCCAGCAGCAGCAACCAGGACGACGGCAAGGGCAACAAGAGCCGGAGCAGCCAGAGGAACUGCGCCGGCAGCUCAAGCGCUCCCACACUUCACACGAGGAGCAGACACCACGACAGGCACGAGGAGCAGCUGGCGCGAGUGAGUGAGCGGCGGAACAGGGAGCGCAGGCUCUCCUCCUUCACCAGCUGGGUGCCGGACCUGCGCCGCGUGUGGGCGCUCAAGCACCCCGGUAAGGAGCCUCCCCUGGCGGUUGCGGUGCCUCGGUCCAGGCAGCAUUCAAAGCGGAGGAAGCGGCGCGCGGCGUGCACCGACAUGGUCUGCGAGACGCCCAUGACGGCCGCAAAGAAGCAGCAGCCGGAGCAGGACGGGUCGGGGUCUGACAAGAUGAUGUCGAUUGGGUCCGUGUCAAAGACCUUGUUCGACGACGACACGGAGGUGAGCAGUUCCAGCAGCGUGUGA